AGUCUAAGAUCUCUAUUAUUUUGAUUUAAUUUCAUGCAGAGAGUCUUUAGAACCAGCAAGCUAUUGCAAUACUCUUUCGCCAACAGAAAUUCUUUACCAUCUUCUGUUACUUCUCCUCUGUUAUCAAACACAAAUUGCGUUUCUACCACUCCAUCAUUAUCUUCUCGGUUUACCGGUUCAAAAGCACCUCACGAAAGAAUCCCAUCUCUUAUCAGAAACAUGCCAGAUUCAACAAGUUCAUUACCUCUUGAGAAGCCCGUGGUACUUGAAAGUAAUGAAGUUCAACAUGUUGAAUUACUUAACGCAGUUGAUGAUUUACAUGGAGGAGUUACAGUAGACAUGGAAAAGCCUAUGGACUCCAAGUUGUUUGCUUCUGCGCUUAAAUCUUCAUUAUCAUAUUGGAGGAAGAAGGGGAAAAAAGGUGUUUGGAUUAAAUUGCCCAUUGGAUUUGCUAAUCUUGUUGAACCUGCAGUUCAGCAAGGAUUCAGAUACCACCAUGCUGAACCAGAUUACUUGAUGCUUGUGCACUGGAUUCCUGAAAUCCCAGAUACUCUUCCUGAAAAUGCUUCGCAUCGCGUUGGUGUUGGUGCCUUUGUCAUGAACCAUAAUAGAGAGGUUCUGGUAGUUCAGGAGAGUAGUGGCAAAUUCAGAGGUACAGGUGUGUGGAAGCUCCCUACCGGAGUUGUUAAUGAGGGUGAGGAUAUUUGUACAGCUGCAGUAAGAGAAGUUAAAGAAGAGACAGGAGUUGACGCAGAAUUUGUGGAAGUUUUGGCCUUCAGGCAAAGUCACCAAUCAUUCUUCCGGAAAUCAGAUUUAUUUUUCGUUUGCAUGCUAAGACCACGCUCUUUUCAUAUUCAGAAACAAGACUCGGAAAUUGAAGCUGCUCAGUGGAUGGCAGCUGAGGAGUAUGCAGCACAACCAUUUGUACGAAAGCAUAGACUGUUUAAUUAUGUAGCCAAAAUAUGCUUAACGAAGUCAGAGAAGGACUAUGCAGGGUUUUCUCCCUUAUCUACAACCACAACUUCAGGUAAAACCAGCUACUUGUAUUUCAACAACCGAGAUUGUCACCCUCUCACAACCAAUAAUCCAUCGCCACCAUAAAGCUUCAUUUCUGCUUCUGCAAUCUCAAGAGCCAAUACAAUUUAAAAAGCAAUGGUACAACAUAAAAGGUUUUUUUUUUUAUUCUUCUUUUCAAAGAAAUUUUGUUGGUCUCCUGCGGUUUAGACUAGAAGAUUUUCCUAGUUUGAAGAAAUAAGUGGUAAUCUUUUCUGAAGUUUUGAAUAUUUUGAGAAAGUUUCUUUGAAAUUUCCUAAUUUUUGUAACCACAGAGAAAAACUCUGCAUUUUUCCUAUCUUGGAUUAUCCGUUACGUGGUGUUAAGUGAAGGCGAAUAAAGUUUACGAUUGAUUUUUGUUUAACCGCACAGUAAACCUUAACAGGGGUCACAGAAAUUCUUUCGUUCCUCUAGUAAAUGCUUUGUGCUAUUUAUCAUUGAAUUAUCAAC